AUGUGGCAGGGCUUGCAAGCUAUCACGGAUUACAAGGAGAAAUCCAGCCACGAGAUACCCAGUAACUCAGGGCCGUACCAGCCCCCCCGAGGCAGCCCGAGCAGCAACAGCGGGCGUGGUGCCGCGACCAUCCACUGUCUCCGCUGCCGGGAGGUCUGCAAGGGAGAGGUGGUGCGUGUGCAGAAUUUCCACUUCCACGUCAAGUGCUUCACCUGCCAAGUGUGUGGCUGUGACCUGGCUCGUUCAGGCUUCUUCCAGAAGGGAGGAGAGUACAUCUGUACAGAGGACUACCAGCGCCUCUACGGCACCAAGUGUGACAGCUGUGGAGACUUCAUCACAGGGGAGGUGGUCUCGGCGCUGGGGCGUACCUACCACCCCAAGUGUUUUGUCUGCAGCAUGUGCAGAAAGCCUUUCCCUAUCGGAGAUAGGGUGACCUUCUGUGGGAAGAAGUGUGUGUGUCAGCAGUGCUCUCAUUCGCUGGUCAGCAGCGAGCCGGUCAAGAUCCACGGACCCAGCCACUGUGCGGGUUGUAAGGAGGAGAUCAAACAUGGACAGUCCCUCCUGGCCCUGGAGAAGCAGUGGCAUGUCAGCUGCUUCAAGUGUCAAACCUGUGACACUGUGCUGACCGGGGAGUACAUCAGCAAGGAUGGUAUUCCAUACUGUGAGACUGACUACCACGCUCAGUUUGGCAUCCAGUGUGCAACCUGUAUCAGAUACAUCAGUGGCAGAGUGCUUGAGGCAGGAGGAAAGCACUACCACCCCACCUGUGCCCGUUGUGCCCGCUGUCAGAUGAUGUUUACAGAAGGAGAGGAGAUGUACCUUACAGGUUCCGAGGUGUGGCAUCCCAUGUGUAAACAAGCAGCGCGGCUGGAGAAGAAACUCAGGUUAAGACGUACCUCUGAGGCCUCCAUUUCCCCCCCUGGCUCCAGCAUCGGUUCCCCGAGCCGCGUCAUCUGUGCCAAAGUGGAAAACGAGGUCCUAAAUUACAAAGAUCUGGCCGCUCUGCCUAAGAUUAAAGCUAUUUAUGACGUGCAGCGGCCCGAUCUCAUUCCCUAUGAGUCUUAUCACAGAUACUCCUCUGAUGACAGGCUAGAACGCUACAGCUACGGGGAGUCUCUGGGAACUCUCUCUCCAUACUCUCAGGACAUCUAUGACAGCAUGGAGCUGAGACAGAGGCGCUUGUCCAGCCCAGGCUUCAUAGACUCUCCCACCUACAGUCACCGUGGCGUGUCCCCCACCAUGUCCACCUCCCGCUCCCCACAGCACUGCUACCGCCCCGGCACUGAGAGUGGCAGGAGCUCACCCUAUUACAGUCAGCUUGAUGCCAGACCUGCCACGCACGCCGCCUACCAAGCCCCCAAGCAUUUCCAUGUGCCAGCCACAGGCGAGCCCAACAUCUACAGGAAACCUCCCAUCUAUAAGAGACAUGAUGAUUCUGACUACUCAGCCACGAAGAGUAAAACCAGCGAGGACAUCCUCCAGACCUCCCAGUUUCCCGACUCGUAUUCUCCUGACCACUACCACCAGCAGUCUAACUACUACCCCUACACUCCCUCUCCCAAAGCUACUCGUGCUCGGAGGUUUUCCUCAGGUGGAGAGGAGGAUGGAUGGAAUCAAAGUCUUAACAGGCUCCAAGGUGGUAUAGGCCGUAUGAUUCUGAAGGAGGAGAUGAAAGCUAGGUCGGGUUCCUAUGACAAUGACCCGUGGGGCAGCGCCCGAAACUCCCGUAGCGGCAGCAAAGAGGCCCUGCACAACGUGGGCUACAACAACACUGUCAACGGAUCUCCCACCAGAUCCCACUACAAUGCAGGCAGUGACUCCUUCAUCGCCAAGUCAUCCUCGUUGCCCGGGUACGGCAGGAACGGACUGCACAGGCCCCAGAGUGCGGAUUAUUUCCAGUACGACAGCAGCAAUGUAGUGAACUGGGGAAUCAGAGAAUACAAGAUCUACCCAUAUGACGUGUUGGUAGUCACCGUAAGGGGGCGCAACCAGCCCCCCAAUGACGUGGACAGAGCCAGACUAGAGCGCCACCUGUCUCCUGAGGAGUUCUACCGGGUGUUCAGGAUGACUAUGGCUGACUUUGACCGGCUGGCACUGUGGAAGAGAAACGAGCUGAAGAAACAAGUCAGGUUGUUCUGAAAGGACUGGUGUGUAGAAGCUCAGUGUAGCAGCCUGCUGGGCUUAACGUUAGAGACGCCUAAGUCCUCACUGAGAGCCAUAAUAACUAGUCUGGAUAGUCCGCCACACUGGCCAGAGACACAGCAGAACCAGAACUAGAACCAGCAUGGUUCUAGCCAUAGACAUAUAAUGCAUUUUAAUUCUCUGGUUCUAUGGUUCCAUCACAUGCUCUGGGUCAGAGAAACCCAUCCAGUCUGAGUCUAUACAUCAAUAAUAUCUCUCUGGCGAAAGAGGACUAACAUACUACUAGUCCUCCCAAGCUAUGUCUGUCCGUGGAAACCUACAUCUGCAGAGAGGUCUAGACCAUGCUAGUUCUGCCUAAUGCUUUCAGUAUUAUGUGUUUGUUUUAUUAUUGCGAGUUUAACUAUAGUUCAUGGCUGUCGUGUCAUGAGGUUAUAGCAUCUUUGAAGCCUCUUCUAGGUUGCGGGUUUGGAAAGCUCUGAGACAUUGGCUUAUGGUCAAGCAGGAAAGAGAACACCAGCAAACAGAACGUGCUACCAGAUUUGCAUUGUCUUUGCUUUCUUUACUCGAAAUAUAUUGUUUCAUUCACCGCCUUUUUUUUUUUAACAGUGAGACUAAAACUUGAUUUCUUUAUAGAGCGAGGGUUCACCUCGGAGCGAAAGGCUAGAUUGAUAUAGUGUGGUAGCCUACCGUUGAAUUAAAUGAGUGGAUUAUAUUGUAUGUAUACUGAAAAGCCAAAGUAAUAUUAAUAAUGUUAAGAAAUUAUGAUUUUAAUAAUUUUUGUAAAAUGCUUAAACAGACUGAAUGCAUGUUUCCAGAAAUGGUUCCCGUGUGAGUAUAAGACCA